ACAAAGCUCUAUAUAAUACCAAACAGACCCUCCCCACCACUCACAACUCACAAAAAACUCAUUCCAAGCAAUCGAAGUCCCAAAAGAGAUCUCAAAUGGCAAAGGAUAUGGAAUCGUUCCAAUCCCAGGAGGAUAAGCGACGUAAGAGGAUGAAACUCGCCGCGUACAUUGGUGCCUUCGCAGUAUUCCAGGUUAUCGUCAUUCUAGUUUUCGCGCUGGUAGUCAUGAAAGUUAAGACCCCGAAGUUUAGGAUCGGGAAUGGCAUCAAGAUUCAAUCCCUGACUACCGGGACCCAAUCCUCACCCUCGUUUGACAUGAAUUUCGUGGCACCAAUCCGAAUCAAGAACACCAACUUCGGACCAUACAAGUACGAUGCCACCACCGUGAACUUCAGUUACGGAGGCGUACAUGUCGGGCAGGUGACGAUCCCAAAGAGCAAGGCCAACUUCAAGUCCACCAAGAAGGUCGAUGUGACCGUGUCCGUGAAUUCCGAUGCCUUGACUAGCACUUCGGGGCUCGGGAGCGAGCUGAACUCCAAGGUGCUGACGCUGAACAGUCAGGGGAGGUUGAACGGGAAGGUGGAGCUAAUGCUCAUCUUCAAGAAGAAGAAAUCCACCAACAUGAAUUGCACCAUGGCAAUCAAUGUGUCUUCAAAGGUGGUUCAGUCCCUGACAUGCAAGUGAUCGAUGUACAUGAUUAAUCUCACCGUAGUCCAUGAUUGUGGUAUUGGAUAAUCUAUUAUUUUCCUUGGUCAUGUAAUUAAUAAAGUUUGAUUUUAUUUCGAUUAAUGAGUGUCUUCAUUCAUUCAUGUCUAGCAUGCCUUGUUAAUUCGACAUGGAUAUUGCAUCUUACUAACGAACUCUUUAUUUUCUUUUUUGCUGUGUAAUGGACUCUUUAUUUCUUGUGAU